UGGUCAGUGGGCGGGGUCUGGUGUAGCCGUAACGGUUUGACGCGGCGGAGCCCGCGAGCUUGACUUCUUCGCGUUGUGGCCGCGCGUGCGCCGCCUCAGCGUGGCGGUGAUCGCCCAGCCCCGAACCCAACCCCGCCGCCGCAUCCACGGCCUGCAGCGGUUGUCUCGCUUCUCCACCAAUAGCAGCCGAUAUCUAUAGCUACAUAUUUUAAUUUGCGUUAUUAAACGCGCUCUCUUUAUGUAACGCCCCUGAACUGGCCGGCCGCCUCUCUCUCGGCGAGAGAGGAGUAGGAGUAGGCGGCGAGGAGGAGUCGAGCGUGUGGAGCGAGGGUUGCGUGCACCGUGUUAUGGGCAUCGGGAAGAACACGCAGGCGGCGGCGGUCGGAGAGAAGGGCUGCGAGGUGGGAGGAAACGGCCAGGUGACAACCACCCCGCACGGAGGAGGCCAGACACCCGCCGGGCAAAAGAACGGCGCUGCUCUCUCGGCAGACAACGGCAGCGGUGACUGCCUACCCAUGGUGCCCCUGGCCCAGGAGAACGGAGAUGCCAAGGUGCUCACGAAUGGGUCUGUGCCAGGCACAGAGGAGGAGGAAGUGUCCGUGUUGGUGGGAACGCUCAAUAAACAAAAUGGAGAAGCCAGGCGCUCGCUGUUGGGACUGGAGCCGCACGCACCAGAGUCGGCCACCCCGCAGCGCCGUCCCUACGACAUGAUUUACACGAUUGAGGACGUGCCGCCGUGGUACCUGUGCAUCCUCCUCGGCUUCCAGCACUACCUGACCUGCUUCAGCGGCACCAUCGCGGUGCCGUUCUUGCUGGCCGACGCGCUGUGCGUGGGCUUCGACCAGUACGCCAUUAGCCAGCUCAUCGGCACCAUCUUCUUCUGCGUGGGCAUCACCACCACGCUGCAGACCGUCUUCGGAUGCCGGCUGCCGCUGUUCCAGGCGAGCGCCUUCGCCUUCUUGGCGCCGGCGCAGGCGAUUCUCUCGCUGGACAAGUGGAAGUGUCCGGACACAGACGCCAUGUUUGCGAACAGCACCACGCAGCCGCUGGACACGUCCGAGAUUUGGCAUCCGCGCAUGCGCGAGAUCCAGGGCGCCAUCAUCGUGUCGUGCCUGGUGGAGGUGGUGAUCGGGCUGCUGGGGGUCCCGGGCGUGCUGCUCGCCUACAUCGGCCCGCUGACUGUGGCUCCCACCGUGUCGCUCAUCGGCCUCUCCGUAUUCCCGGCAGCCGGCGAGCGUGCCGGCAAGCACUGGGGCAUCGCCAUGCUGACCAUCGUGCUGGUGAUCCUCUUCUCCCAGUACUUCCGUAACGUGCACUUGCCGCUGCUGGGCUACAAGCGUGGCAAGGGUUGGACCGUCUACAGGGUGCAGGUCUUCAAGAUGUUCCCGAUCAUCAUCGCGAUCGUGAUCGCAUGGCUCCUGUGCUAUGUGCUCACGGAGACCAACGUGUUCCCCAGCGAGCUGGCGACAUACGGAUACCACGCACGCACGGACGCACGCGGGGAGGUCAUCUCCAUCGCACCCUGGUUCCGCAUACCCUAUCCCUGCCAGUGGGGGAUGCCCACGGUGACGGCGGCCGGCGUGAUCGGCAUGAUGAGUGCCAUGCUCGCCAGCAUCGUCGAGUCGAUCGGGGACUACUACGCCUGCGCCCGCCUCGCCGGGGCACCGCCACCGCCCAUCCACGCCAUCAACCGGGGAAUCUUCAUGGAGGGUCUGGCCUGCAUCAUCACCGGACUGUUCGGCACGGGGAACGGCUCCACCUCGUCCAGCCCGAACAUCGGCGUUCUGGGCAUCACCAAGGUUGGGAGCCGCCGUGUGGUGCAGUACGGCGGCGCCAUCAUGCUGGUGCUGGGCCUUGUCGGCAAGUUCAGUGCCCUCUUCGCUUCGCUGCCGGACCCCAUCCUCGGGGCCCUCUUCUGCACUUUGUUCGGGAUGAUCACGGCUGUGGGCCUCUCCAACCUGCAGUACGUGGACCUCAACUCGUCGCGCAACCUCUUUGUGCUGGGCUUCUCCACCUUCUUCGGCAUGGCGCUGCCUAGCUUCAUAAAGGCCCACAAGAACAUGGUUCAAACCGGUGUGGCAGAGAUGGACCAGGUGCUAUCAGUUCUACUCACCACCGAGAUGUUUGUGGGAGGCUGCGUGGCCUUCCUGCUUGACAACACCAUACCAGGCACUGUGGAGGAGCGGGGGCUGCUCAAGUGGAAGGCCACGGGCCCCGACACGACGCUGCCGUCCUCUGUGCACUCCGUGGCGAAGGUUUACGACUUCCCCGUGGGCAUGGCCGCGGUUCGGCGCACGCGCUGGCUGCGUUAUAUCCCCAUCUGCCCGACGUUCACUGGCUACGGCCGUGGGUCUCCACGCACGCCACCACCACCGCCACCCGGGCCCCACGAUGACCGGCGUGGCUCCGUCGACGUAUAGCCGGCACUGCGUGGCUGUCACCGCGGUUUUACUCGGUUUCCGUACGGCGACAUCGCCAAUGACGCCCCUUUGUUUUUUAAAACCUGGGUGCGUCGUCGCGAUCGGCUGUCCCGGUCACGCGAGCGGGCGGGGAGUGACGACGCAAGGGGCAGAUGCGCUGCGGUUGUUGUUGUUGUUGUUGCUGCCGCCGGGUGUGGUGGCAAAAGGAGUGAGUGCGCGAUUUAAUCGGUUUUCUUUACCACUUGGUGGCAUGGGAUCCCUCGUGUGGCGGGCCUGCUACCGGCUAGCGUCGCGUCUGCUCCCUUUGUUGUCGUCUUUAGCGUGUGGCCAUUUUAAAAGUGCAUUCCGCAAUCGCGUAGACAAUUCGUCAGCGACUUUGCCGCCUUGUCGGGCUAACAGUGGGCCCAUCUACCCCGCCCUUGAUGGGCAUUCUGUUGUACCACCGUUGUGUCGCUCGAGCAAGUGCAGGUACACGUAUGGGUUUGUGAUCGGCCACCAUACCGAAAUGGUGCAGAAUGCACAGGUGCGUUACAGGCAAAAGUAUGAGAUGUUACAUUCCUAUCGGUGAAAUCAUGCCAAACUUAAUCAUAGUGGAUAACAAAUGUUGAGUAUUUUUGGUUGAGCGCUGUACACGACUUGCAUGUCAUCCCAAACAUUUGCAAGGGCACCCCUAUCGGCAGCUGUCCUUGCGUGGCACAAGGUGACUCGGUACCUGGCCUGCAGACGGCACGUAUUUUAUAAUGCACACCGCAGUAUUAACCAGGGUGGCCUGCCGGAUUCGUACCAUGAACCCCUGGCAACAUGCAGCGAAACAACCCGCCCCUACGAAAGUAGUGAUGGAAAGUGAUGCUUUUGCACGAAAAUUAAUUAAGUUAAAAUCCAAGUUGUAAAUAAAACUGUUCCUAAUGAUGAUAUUUGAAAAACACACUUGACCGGCGGCUGUUAAGGCGUUGCGAAUGAUCGGUGGUGUUGGCACCACGAGUUCAGUUCCCAAGCUCCACUUGGAAGUCACAGUGCCCACGUAUACAUAAGACAGACACUUGACACCUAAACACAAACACUUUACAUGUGUGUUGCAAUACAGUUUACUUAAAAUGGAUGGACAUUUUCUCUUUAGGAAAAUAUACUUGGUGUUUUUUUUGCAGUUGUAAAAUAAGCUGCUGCGUUUGUAAUGAAUGAUGAUACAGUGACACCCGUACUCCGACUCGUGGCUGGAGCACCACAUUAUCAAUUGAGCCGACAGCACUUUGAUCAUCUCUCUCGGAGGGCAUUUCUCUCUAAACUACUUGCCGUUCUCUCUCCCGUUAAGGUCACAUGCACCGGCUGCAUUCCACGAGCGGCCUGACAGUCCCAAUUAACCCUGCUCCGCUCGCGAGAUACGAAGCGUUUACGCUACCAUUAUGUAAGCGCAGCGGGAUGUAACCUCGGCCGCAGCGAUGGUAUUAAGCAUUCACGCAACAGGGCGAAUUAGGUGUCUGCACGUGUCUUCAAUGAAAACGCGACCCAGAAGCAGCUACUAUCUUGUAACUGCACACACACAGGCCGUAUGUCCCACACUCUCCCACACGAGUUUGAAGAUUUGAAUAAGAAUAAAAAGUCCCCUGUGAGUCUAAGGCAUUCUACUGUGACGUGGCAUCGGCAGACCGUGCCUGACGGUCACUUACAGGGCUUCUCACCCCCCCCCCCCCCCCCCCCCCCCCCCCAUACUCAUGGUAACAAGCAACAGAUUCGUGUUGGACGGAGACGCGCGGCCUGGGUCUGUGGAUUGCUUCUUGAAGCACACAAGUAAUCAUGCCGACCACUUGACAUAGGCACAUUCUUAAGUCACAACUCUGGCUCCAAACGAGCCAGCUCAAGGCCAUGCUUAACUCGAGCUCGCUCUGAGCACGAACCCCAGCCAAGCUGAGGAUUUCCACGAGCCGAGCCGAAGCCAAGCCAUGGCUGAACCGUUCACGUCCUUGAAAGCAACUGAGCGGCUCAAGCCCAGGCCAAGCCAUGAUCGAGGCCGAGCCAGAGCAGAGCCACGACAAAGCAUACGAAUCGUAGGCCUUGGUUACACGCCCUGCGAACGCGACCGCGCGGAUCCUUGAUUUUUCUAAAUAAUGUUUGAACUUGCUAUGACGUGAGCCCGUUGAAGGUCUGGAGUUUGGGCUUGCGUCGGUGUUAAUCCCUGAAGUUCCGUGUGUCCCCAUGGUCUUAAACUGCAUGAGCACCGAACUACUGCGCAGAAACGAGCAACGGAAUGGCGAGGUUUACAUAUUUAAUCAUUAUUUAUUUUUUUGGUGGGGAUAGGCAGGCAUCACGCAACAUGUUUACAACAGCUCAUUAUAGAAGCGGAGUCUAAUUGCAUCUGGAUCCGUCCGAGGGAGGCAAUCUGGAAUAUAUAUUAAUUUUCUACAUUUGGUAUUCGCGCCAUUCUUAUAGCGCAGAGCUAACCCAAAGGUGCUGUGUUUCACGGACGGAUAUAGCCUGCCGAUAGAAAGUGAUGUUGAUAUGUAUAAUCACAAUUGCGUAACUUGCGGCCCAUUUUUCUAAUCUGGCAAAUUUGGACCAUGACACACAAUGCCAUACCCGAUUCGAAUGACGUCACAUGACUUUUUAACACCGCCGCCGUGAAGCAGACGGCACGCAGUCGCAUUUAACUGUAAAUGCUCCCGAAGUAAUGGCCAAGGCAAGCCUGCUGCAUUCAAACCCGUGAACCCUCUGCAACCAAACGCCCGGCACACCCCGCACACACCGUACCAUUCGCUGUCACUCCGGAAAACCGGUCGGCAGGAAAUGACAGCCCGAGUGGAAUGUUGCAAUGAAUCGCUGCGUUUCGUUACAGAAAGUGCGAGUUCCAUUGUCGUUGUGUUAAUAUGAGCGAGUUCCAAUGUAAUGUUCUGAAAGUCGGCGAUGCUUGCACAAAUAAUUUAGUUUUUUUUUUUAAGCGGGAUCAGCUUAAAUAUUUAAUUUAAAAACGCGUUUUUAAAAGGCAUUUUAUAUGCAAAAUUGUGCACGUAUCAAUAUUUUUUAAAGAUUGCUGCCCAUUGUGGAACAAUGGUUAAUGAAGUUGGAAGUUGAUAAUUACCGUUUAUUGUGUGUGUGUGUGCCACUGUGUGUGCUUCAAGCUAUUUCAUUCCAAACUACAAUCGCCAUAGCGUGAUAUAAAUUAAAGUAAUGGAGCGCAUUUGGUAUUCAUGCCAUUCUAGUGGAAGGCCGUCACAAAGGAAGGUGCUGCCGUUUCAUUUUGCGGUCGUGUCGUAGUGGGGUCGAUAUUUGCAUGUGUUUGAUUCCAAUUGUGUAAAUUGCGGGUUUGUAUUUAUAUUUUUGGCCAAUUUGGACCUAAACACCAGCACACGGUGGCUUAAUCCUAGCAAAUGAUGUCAAGAGAUACAACACCGACUUGAGAAAACAGUGCAUAUUUUACAGUCAAUACGCCGGCAGUAUUAACCAAGGCGGCCUGCUGGAUUUGAACCGCAAAGUUCUACAUUUUGCUGUGAAGAGGCUGUUUUGAAAUCUUAAUUGGUGGAUGUUGAUAAUUCCACAGUUUGUAUUUAUGCAACUGCUAUCCUUGAUGGUGCGAAUGAAUAUUCAUCAAUUGGGUUCAAUUGCAGCUGCGUCUCACGUACAUGUCAUCAGUUAAAUCGUUUAAACGUGCUGGGGAAAGGUGCAGCCCUGCAGUUGCUUGCUUACGCUAGUGCUGGCAGAAGGGCCUCUACUCAAGCCAACUCUACGCGGUGUUUUGUCUACAUUCCCACCACGUCACCCGCUGAUCAGACUGUGCUGUAGCCAUUUAUGCUGCUGGGUGGGCAGGAGCCGGGAGACUUUGUAAACUUGUUCCCCCAUUGUUUUAACCGCCGUGCCAGAAGAUGAAAUCGAAUCGGCUCCCAGUGUUGGGAAUGGUCACAAAUUGUCGAACUUGAUGAAUCCCACCAAUUUACAGCAAACGAUGAUGCUGACGAAACAUGAAUUAGCAUUCGAGUAAAAAUGUCACUGGAAGAAGGGGGGGGGGGUGCGCUUUUAAUUACCUAAUUACGGGUGGAACCAUAGUGAUUAACAUUAACUGUGUAUCUUUUGGUGAAUUCAUCAAAUGGAGUAAAAACCAAUGGGGGCGGAGGGGGGGCAGGGGUCUAGGUUGUUUGUAAUGUGUUCUUGUCUCCCCUGCAGCUAGGACAGGCACUACCAGUCACCACAGUGCUUGAAUAAGAUUCGAUUCUUGAAUUAGAACCCUCAAAUCGCAACAAUAUGUAUGAACUGCUUUCACGUCGUACGCAGCAAACCGUGCUAGUCAGGUGUAGGAGGACUGCAAACUCGACAAGUAAAAACAAAUAGUAUCGAUGCAGGGUUGAAUCUUUUCACGUCUACGGCUGAUGCGAGAUGCUACACGUUGAUUGAAGACUGAUCUGCACGAGCACGAAGAUUGACAUCGCCACGCAAUGUUUCAGUGAUUUCUGACAUCACCAUGAAUCUGUAAGACCGAGGCUUAACAUUGGCAAUCCUCGGUCCUCUACAUCGAAAUGUUUCAGUAAUGUCAGUGAUCCAACAAAAUCGUGCCUUGAAUGAUGAACUCUUGAUUUGGUUUCGGUGUUUCUCGUCACUUGUAUAAGGAGAUGAGUGUUGCCCAAGCCGGCAUUCUGUAAAUUUGGUUGCCUGGUCACGAAAGCUGAAACCAUCUCCGGCUCUGCAUCGUAUUCGUUGCUCUCUUGCCUCCUUUGGUAAAUUGUCUUGCCCGUUUUAAACCUAGCGUGCGACACGCGACGCUCGCAUGCGGUCAGCUAACCCAUCGGCCCCUAGAGUCGUCCCACUUAUAGACACCCUGGUGAUUAUUAUCACUCCAAUUAGGGAUCGUGGCCACAUGUCCCAGGGCAUGAUGUGGUGGGGGGCGGCGGCUCAAUUCGCACGCGGAGCUACCCACACAAGACCCUAGUCGCAAAUCCUGCACUCACGGGAAUUGGCGAUCCCAUCCUAUUCUUUGGGGCUUUCGUUAAAGUCACGUAGAUGGGUUCAAAGAAAAUAACCAAAAGCUACGACGCUUUGAUGGCAACACAAGCGUUCGUCAUCAUUAUUUUUUGUUAUUUCCUUUGAACCUAUCGACGUGACUUUACCGAAAGACCCAAAAGAACAUGAAUUCCUGCAGUCACGAAAGCUUAUCUCUCACCUACCCAAAAUUUUACUGCAAAUUAUCAUUGUUAGCAAAGGCCGAGGGUUGUCAUUCCAGAGAUGAGUCAAGUGACAGCUAGGAUUUGCACCUAUCUGUUAUGUAUUUGUGUUCGUCCGCUAUGGCCUUGCAUGGCAAACGGCCAGAGCGUAGUAGGAGAGACAUUAAAGUGACACCGUGUGUCAGUCUGUGUAAAAGCAAGUGCAGUAGACUUUCGAUAAUUAUCGAUGCGCGGUUUCUCCGAUUUGCGGUUAACUGCGCACCUGAGAUUGACAUAAAUUAAUAACUCGUGGGGUUUUCGCUAAAGCCCAACUAAUCUAAAAAAGUUUUAGUUAUUCUGGGAAAUGUUUUUUACAACGUCACGUUCUUAAACCGAACAAAUGUGCUCAAGUAAAUCCGAAAUCCACGUGAUCGCCUCUACAGUACAGGAGUUGCAUAUAUUUACAAGUGGGGCGGAGUUUGAUUGACUUUGAUUGGCGUGGCUCUGUUAUCCACUUAGUGGGCUGAGUCUUCUGCGCGGGAGCAGGGAAGUCUUAUUACCGAGCGAGCGCAUAGAUCGAUUUAAUAAAACAGGAUCAAUACAUUAUUUCCUACAAACGUUUGUUUUGUUCAUUAAUAAACUCCACCUUAAUUGAAACAUAAUUGAUACCUGUAUUAAUGGAUUUAGCCAUAGAGAUCCGCAGAAAAACUGAUAUUUUUCGAUUAUCCGUGGCCAUUCUGCCCGGAUAAUCAAGAGUACUGUAUGUGGCUUUUCGUGCAUGAGCCCAGAGCAAGCAUUGAUUUCACCAGAGAUGCCAUGACAUUGUAAAAACGGUUUUCGCAAGCAGAACUGAAAUCUAGCUCUGCAGGUUUUCAAUGAAUCAUCGCCAAGCUUCCCAUACAGCUGGCACCGACAAGUAGUGGUGGACCCCCAAAAAUGCGUAUCUUAUUUAUAUUUCAUAAGAGUAAAUGCAUUGAAUUUGUAUUAUUAUUAAUGCAGGGCCCUCUUGAAAAGGUUUGAUAUUUUGGGCCACCGCUCCUCCUUAUUGGGACGUUCCUCUAGCAGGCACUGCCAAUGAGGUGUCUGGUCCUGAUCCGGCACCCGUGGACUGUGGAGUGGUGAAUGUCUGUUGUGCAUACAGCUCGCAGCGAAUGUUUAGUCUGGGGACUGGUUCUGGGGGUUCCCAAUUAUCGUCCGCGCUCGUCAAUUCCCGAUCGGAAACGUCGGAACGCUGAGAGAACAGAACUGAAAGGUGUUUCACUCAGCUCGAGACCAGGACGAAUGUUUUCAGGUUCUCGGCGUGAGCACGUGUUGGGCAGCGGAGGAAGGUUUCGCUAACAUCCUUCGUUGUACUGUACUGCUAUGCUUUCUCGCAUCUUUGCUCCCUCGAAAAACCCUCGUGGCUUGCACAAAAAAUUUUUGGAGGCCCUCAAUCAGCAGUGAAUUCAUAAAAAGGGCUGUAUAUGUACAAGUGCAGUAUAUAUUUUGUUGACGUUUAUUUAUAAUUCAUAAUAGAUUUUUGGGGUUACAACAUGCAAUGAUCCGGCAAAAUGUUUGUAGUGAAACCCUUCCACACCCGACAUAUGGGUUGUGAAAACUACAUUUUCAAGUUCAUUUAGAAUAAAGGAUGCACUGUGUGUUCAGAAGAGUGGAGCUGCAUCCUACUGUAGUAAUUGGAAACCCAGCGAGUCACACAGACAGCAGGGCGGUUUUAAAUGUACAGUAGUUACCAGUCCUGAAAUUGUUCUGUACCACAAACGUGACUUUACAAAACACUUAUUUCAUGCCCUAAUAUUGUUUUGUUACAAUACAGCCUUUGCGUCCAGUGAAGAUGUGUUACUAUCUUGAUCAUCAUCGUUUCCGCUUACUUGUUUUCAAUUGCGAACUUGUGUUUUCAAAAUUCCAGUCGGCAGUGACGGCAUCGAAUCAUCCCGUGCGUAAAGCUGCGCGCGCAGUUUGUGUGUUGGCGGAGGGGUGGAUUGACGACCCGAGUGUUUUAAAAGGCAACGCAACCUCAGCCUCCCGACCCACUUGACAACAAGUCCAGCGGGCCCGUGCCAUCGAUGAGCAGAGUUGGCACCACCCUCCUACUUCGCUCUGUGGAAUCCGAUGUCGGUGGAAGUGUGUCUUGCAGAUUCACACACAGACUGUGUCCGGGUCUGUCCCAGACACCGAUUUACAGCUUCGCUAAAUUAUGAAAGGAACACGGUCAUACGCGCCCUUCAGAUCGAUCUACCUCUAUAAUGUAAUAAUAAGCGAACAAAGAAACUUUUAAAUAAAUGGGGGACUAAUCCUUGUUAAGAAUGUAAAUUCGUUUUUUUUUUAAAGUUGGUCAAAUUUCAACAAAUAGUGACUUGAAAAA